UGGCUAAAGACGAAACCAUCGUCAACAUAGUUGGGGUAAUAAAUGACUGCGAGACUGCCCGCCUCAUUUCGCCGGUGGUAGGCUAGAGCGGACACCAUUAGACGGAUACUUUAUUGGGCUUCCAGCGAUUCCAUCUUCAAAGGCUCACUCAUUUAGAAGCAUACGUUUUGCAGUGCUAUAAUCCACCAUGGCAACGACAUCUAGCCCGGUAAACGGGACUACCAAUGGAUUAAACCAUGCCGUCCAGAAUGGCCGUUCAGAUGCGAAAUCAGAUGUCUGUGUUGUUGGUGCAGGCCCUGCUGGCUUGAUGCUGAGCGCCUUAGUUGCCAGAUUCGGUCUCAAGGUGGAAUUGCUCGAUGAGAGACCGGACCAGACAGCCGUCGGCCGCGCCGAUGGUAUCCAACCCAAGACCAUUGAGACGUUCCAGAUGCUGCGAGUAGGCGACGAAUUAUUCCGCACAGGCGUCAAAGUCCACGAUAUCUGCAUGUGGCAAAGCUCAAGCGACAAGAGCCUCCGUCGCCUGGGCCGCGAGGUUCACUACCCGCCGUCUAUAGUCGAUGUAUUGCAGCCUUAUAUCUUGCUCUGCCACCAGGGCAUGGUAGAGGGUGUCUUUGUCGACGACUUCCGCAAGAGUGGCUUCGAGGUGAAACGCAGCCACAGUUUUAAGACCUACACUUAUCAAAACGACGACCCUCAAGGCGCUCUACAAAUCAGCGCCGACUUGACUGGCCAGGGAGAGAAGACUAUUCUGGCCGACUAUCUUGUCGGAUGUGAUGGCGCGCGGUCACUGGUGCGCCAGGCAAUCCCCGAUACCUACGCCCAGGGCACACCACACAACUCUGUAUGGGGAGUCCUCGACGGAGAGUUGGAGACUGACUUCCCCGAUCUGUGGAGCAAGACGGUGGUGUUUUCGGAAGAGCACGGCUCUGUUCUCAUCAUCCCGCGUGAACGCAACAUGACGCGGUUCUACAUCGAGAUGAAGACGUCUGCCACAUCCAAGAACCUGGGAGAAGAGUACGUGAAAGAACAAGCACGCCUGAUUCUGGCACCGUACCACGUCGAGUGGCGCUCCGUCGAGUGGUUCGGCAACUACCAAGUCGCCCAGCGCGUCGCCGCUCGCUUCUCGGACCCUCAGCGAAGAGCAUUCAUCGCAGGUGACGCGAGCCACACGCAUAGUCCCAAGGCGGCCCAGGGCAUGAACACCAGCAUGCACGAUUCGUGGAACCUCGGCUGGAAGCUCAACCUGGCCUCCCGUGGCUUGGCCAAGCACGAGGUCCUGCUGGAGAGUUACGAGCAGGAAAGAAAGAAGAUUGCGCACGACUUGAUCAAUUUCGACUUUGAGCACGCCAACGAGAUUGCGGCUGGAGAUGCGGCUCGUCUCGCGGAGAACUUUCGCCAAAACACCCGGUUCAUCUCAGGAAUCGGCGUCGAGUAUGGCCCUAACAGUUUGAAUCUGGAGUACGACGGUGCCCUCAAUGGUGCUGCUAGGCCGGGAUGCAACUUGCCUCCCGCAAAGGUUACGAGAUUCAUGGACGCCAGUCCUGUUGAUAUCCAGCUUGAUAUCCCGAUGCUAGGCCAGUUCCGCAUCUACGUCGUAUUGGGCAGCGCUAUGGGGACUGCUGAGAUAUCGUUCCUCGCUGGUCUCAACAGCGGGUUAACAUCAGAAUCAUCGCUCGUCUCUCGCUUGUCAGCAGCGGCGGCCAAGUCUUACCAGGAUAAGCCGCGGCCACAAAGGUCUGAUGAUGUCUACGUCCGACCGGAGAGAUAUACAUCCGUUAGCCACCUCUUCACAUACUCCCUAAUCUCAUCGGCCGAAAAGAAGGAGUUUGAAAUCGGUUCACUUCCGCCCUUCCUGGCAAAGAGCGGAUGGACCAUCUACCUGGAUGACGUGCCAAGCCUUGAUACUCAGGGCCGACGGUGCACCGAGAAAUGGCUCGGGGCUCUCGCAUCUAAUGAAGCCGCAAUAGUGAAUGUUCGGCCGGACGGGUAUGUGGGAGCGGUUAAGCGAUGGAAUACUUCCGAGUUAGACUCCGGAGAGGCAGCGGCGAAAUGGCUGGAUGACUAUUUUGGUGGAUUUCUCAAGGUCCCUGCCAACUGAUUCACGGGUUGAGAAUGCGGGAUGGGUCAUGGGUUGAUGCUAAUGCGACGCGGUCUUUGGGAUUCGCUGCUCUGUACGAGUCAACUGCUGCAUACAGUUUUUCCAUGGUUACCGUCUAUGCACAACCUGCAUCUGAACCCUGGUCCUAUGCCUAGAAUAUGACAUGUCGGAGAGUGAGAGUCUUGCCCGUCCAGAAGAGUACCUGCGCAACCAGCCCCAUGCUUCUUAGAAUC